CUACCAUCAUCGGCGCCUCCUCAGACACAAUGCGAACGCCCUCCAUCCUUGUUGUCUGCCUUGCAUGCCUCACAAGCUCAAGUCUUGCCUUCCGGCAACCCGGGGCGCCUCUCUCAUCCCUACGACGAGCCUCGCAGACGUCCCUGCAGUCCAGGAGGGCCCGCCCAGAUGAUCUGGCGCGAUCAAUGCUGCUCGUCCCGCUGCUGGCCUUGACGCCGGGCGUGACGCUGCCUUCCCUCCCGGCGAUGGAGCAGCCUGCAGUGGUGUCACCAUUCGUGCCGACAGCGAGGGCGGAUGAAGGCUUCAAGAUCGACAUUGAUGUGAGUCGCUGACACGACGCCCUGAGAUGUCCUGUGAAUGACGGACGGCAUUGUGUUGCUUGUCUGUCUGUUCUCUGUUGGCUGUCGUGUCAUGGCCUGCAGGUGAGUGGUUUGGACGAGAGCGUCAAGCCUGAGUCUGCCCCAGCGCCGCCACCCCCUGCGCCCAAGAAGGAGGAGAAGGUGGCCAAGGCUCCCGAGCCAGAGCCGCCCGCCAAGCAGCCCGAACCCGUCAAGGAGAUCGCCAAGGCGCCGGAAGCACCCCCACCCGCACCGCAGAAGAAAGAGGAGGUGGUGGCUAAGGCGCCCGAGCCAGCCAAGGAGGCGGCCAAGCCGGUGCUGAAGGCCGAGGUUACCGCCUCGCCGCCCAAGGCCGCGGCCCCAGCACAGAAGGCCGCGCCACCCGCACAGCAGCCGGCUGCGGAUGUUGGCGGGAUGAGCAGCGCUCAGAUUCAGAAGCUGAGGGAGAGUAUCAAGGGACGACGGCCUGACCCGGAGUUCUUCACGCAACAGCGGGAGCUCAUCAAGAAGACUGGCCUGACCACAUACUGACUGAGAGGGAGGGAGAGUGUUCCGUGUGAGGGGUUUUUCGGUGUAGUGGCGUUGCGUCAAAAGGCAGACAGACGAGUAGAGCUAUGCCUAGGGCAUUGCAGGCAGGCAGGCAGGCAGGCAGGCCUUGUGGGCGAUGUUGGCGUGAUUGUUGCGACCAGGCCAGGCGAUUUAUUGUCGUGUGUGUUUUCUUCCUGCUGAGACAGAGCGUGAUUUUUGACCGGUGUGUGUGUGUGUGUGCUGAGAUUUUUCCGCAGGGGUGUGCAUGAGUGAAUGAAUGCAUGCAUGAGACUCACAUCGUUCAAUCAGCCAAGCAGCCUUUUCCGCAAUGCGACAGACACUGCUUAAAAUGUGCGAAAUGACCUCGAAACACGAUGGAUGGAUGGAUGGAUGGGGUGUGGCUACCUAAUUACUUACAUGCUCUCAUCCAUUCCAUCAGAUGGAAUGGAUGGAAUCACGCAGCCGGUAGAGUCCAUAUGUAUGGGCUAACACCUCAGCGAACCAAAAAUAGCCAGGAGCCGAGCCAUUUCAAUCCAGACACGUUGGUCGUGGUACUUCUUCCGUCGGUCGGUCGGUCGGUCUGUGCGCACUCGGAAGUGUCGGUAAAUAAUCCGUUCACGGAGAUUCACAUGCACACGCCGACCCCCAAACCAGACCACACACGGAGGAUUGCGUGACCGGCUUGUGGUUUGGCUUGUCACUGUGCUCGCGUGUGUGUGCGUGUGUGUGUGUACGACCACAUCAGUGCGUUACUCUCUCCCUUCUCUGCAUCGUGUCAAUCUGGCUCUCGUGCGCGGAGAAGAG